GGAGGGCGGCCCUGCCUCUAAAAUGAGUCUCUCUGGGGAGAGAGAGGAGGGCAUCCAAUUCUCUAAAAUGAGUCUCUCUGGGGAGAGAGAGGAGGGCAUCCAAUUCUCUAAAAUGAGUCUCUCUGUGGAACAUGACACCAACGUUAAGAGGAUCCAUUUUGAGACGACAGAGCAGAAAACACUAUAUGGAGAUUAUUGAAAAAUAAAGGGUCAGUGCUCUAAAAUGAGUCUCUCCGGGAAGAGAGAGGAGGGGGGCCCUGCCUCUAAAAUUCAUCUCUGUGAGGGACAUGACACCAAAGCUAAGAGCCCAAUCAAGCAGGAGAGACCAGCCUCCCCUGUUCCCAGCUGUGUGUCCAUGAAGAGUGACUGGUCUAUGGAUCGUCCUAUAGAGUUUAGAAAGGGAGACUUUUCUACUGAACAAAGCCCAAUCAAGCAGGAGAGACCAGCCUCCCCUGUUCCCAGCUGUGUGUCCAUGAAGAGUGACCGGUCUAUGGAUCCUCCUAUAGAGUUUAGAGAGGGAGACUUUUCUACUGAACAAAGAAACCAACAGGAGAGAUCAGAGUCAGAGAUUCUCAGUGGUCAGUCUUCCCAGAGUCAUCAAACAGACCUGGCCUCCAUAUUCAGUUUGCUUGAAGAGAAAAUUAUGACAUUUGUGAAGAACGAGCUGAAGAUGUUCAAGAGGAUUCUUAGUCCAGAACUCCCACAAGGCUUUGAGAGUCAGAAGCAGAAUAAGGAAAUGGUGGACCCUGAAGAUGAGCAGCAGGAGAGCAGUGCCAGAGAGGGGGCUCUGAAGAUCACACUGCACAUCCUGAGGAAAAUGAACCAGAAGGAGCUUGCUGACACACUGGAGAAAUAUUCAGAUGAUCUUGCUGAGAUUUGCCAACGUGAACUCAAAUCUAAUCUAAAGAAGAAGUUUCAAUGUGUAUUUGAGGGGAUCGCUAAACAAGGAAACCCAACACUUCUCAAUAAGAUCUACACAGAGCUCUACAUCACAGAGGGUGGAACAGGAGAGGUCAAUAAUGAACAUGAGCUGAGACAGAUUGAGACAACAACCAGGAAACGAGCAAGACCAGAGACUGCAAUCAAAUGUAACGACAUCUUCAAACCCUUAACUGGACAAGACAAACGUAUCAGAACUGUGCUGACAAAGGGAGUCGCUGGCAUUGGAAAAACAGUCUCUGUGCAGAAGUUCAUUCUGGACUGGGCUGAAGGAAAAGCAAAUCAGGAUGUCCAAUUUGUAUUUUCAUUCCCUUUCCGGGAGCUGAAUUUAAUGAAAGAUGACAAACACACUUUCAUUGAACUUCUUAAUCACUUCUCAAUAGAAACCAAACAAUCAGGAAUCUCCAUCUACAACAAGUACAAAGUUCUGUUCAUCUUUGAUGGUCUGGAUGAGUGCCGACUGCCCCUAGACUUCCAGAAGAACAAGAUCUGUUGGGACGUCACAGAGUCAACCUCAGUGGAUGUUCUGCUGACAAAUCUCAUCAAGGGAAAUCUGCUUCCCUCUGCUCUCCUCUGGAUAACUACCCGACCUGCAGCAGCCAAUAAGAUCCCUUCAGGGUGUGUUGACCAGGUGACAGAUGUACGAGGGUUCAAUGACCCACAGAAGGAGGAGUACUUCAGGAAGAGAUUCAGUGAUGAGGACCUGGCCAGCAGAAUCAUCUCACACAUAAAGACAUCAAGGAGUCUCCACAUCAUGUGCCACAUUCCAGUCUUCUGUUGGAUUUCUGCAACAGUCCUUGAACACAUGCUGAAACAUAAGAGAGAAGAGAUGCCCAAGACUCUGACUGAGAUGUACACACACCUUGUGGUGUUUCAUACCAAACAGAAGAAUGAAAAGUAUCUUGGGAAAGAAGAGACAGGUCCACACUGGAAUAAAGAGAGCAUUCUGUCACUGGGAAAACUGGCUUUUCAACAGCUUGUGAAGGGCAAUCUGAUUUUCUAUGAAGAAGAACUGAAAGAGGCUGGCAUUGAUGUCAAUGAAGCCUCGGUGUACUCAGGAUUGUGCACACAGCUCUUUAAAGAGGAAUGUGGGCUGUACCAGGACAAGGUGUACUGCUUCGUACAUCUGAGCAUUCAGGAGUUUCUGGCUGCUGUAUAUGUGUUCCUCUCAUUCAUCAACAACAAUCAGAAUCUAAUGGACGAACCUCAAACAAAUGAUGAGCCUGAAGUUACUUUCUACAGGAGUGCUGUGGAUAAAGCCUUACAAAGUGAGACGGGAAACCUGGACCUUUUCCUCCGCUUCCUUCUGGGCCUCUCACUGGAGUCCAAUCAGAAACACUUACGAGGUCUACUGACAAAGACAAGAAGCAGCUCACAGAGCCAUGAAGAAACAGUCAAGUACAUCAAGGAGAAGAUCAGGGAGAAUCCCUCUCCAGAGAGGAGCAUCAAUCUGUUCCACUGUCUGAAUGAACUGAAUGACCAUUCUCUAGUGGAGGAGAUCCAAAGCUACCUGAGAUCAGGAAGUCUCUCAGAACCCAACCUGUCACCUGCACAGUGGUCAGCUCUGGUCUUUGUGUUGCUGACUUCAGAAAAGGAGCUGGAUGUGUUUGACCUGAAGAAAUACUCCAGAUCAGAGGAAGGUCUUCUGAGGCUGCUGCCAGUGGUCAAAGCCUCCAGAGCUGUUCUGUGA